AUGUCCUUGUGCAGUGAACAACCUGCCCAGCUGUACCUGGUGGUCCCGCCCCACAGACUGGAUGGGCCACCCGAGGGAGACGCCAGCCCUCCAGGGACUUACCUGAUGCCCUCAGGAGCCCUGGGGAGCAGCAGUCUGAGCCAAGAGAGCCGGGAAGAGAGAGUGACAACCGCGUCCCCGAAUCCGGCGCAGUCAGGAGAAGAGGGUCGGGAGCCUGAGCUGGAAGGGACGGCCCCCUCCGCGCAUCAGGACCCUGCGGCCCUGGCCACGCUGCUACCCGAGGAGGCCGCCACCAAGCAGACCUUUCCCCCCAGGAAGAAGCUGCCGUCGCUCCAACAGGUGAACUUGGCCAGGAAACAGCUGAGGCCGAAGGCCACCUCCGCCGCGGCCCUCCAGAGGGCGGGGUCCCAGCCAGCAUCCCCGGGCCUGGGCGUCCUCUCCUCCGCCACGGAGAAGCCCCGCCCGCCGGGGGACCCGGACCCCGCGACCUCGGAGGAGACCCGCCGGCCCUCGGAGGAGGAGCCCCUCUGGCUGGACAGGAAGGAAGGCGCGGGGCCCACGACGCCGGCGCCCCUGCAGAUCUCACCCUUCACCGCGCAGCCCUACGUGGCCCACACGCUGCCCCAGAGGCCCGCCCCCGGGGAGCCGGCCCCGCCCGAGGAGGCGCCAGAGGCUCCCCCUGAGGACGCCAGUCCCAUGACCUUGAUGGACAAAGGUGAGAACGAUCUGACCGGGUCAGCCUCCGAGGAGACGACGACUUCCACCAUCAUCACCACCACGGUCAUCACGACUGAGCAGGCUCCAGCUCUCUGCAGUGUGAGCUUCUCCGAUCCCGAGGGCUACAUAGACUCCGGAGACUACCCCCCGCUGCCCCUCAGCAACUUCCUGGAGUGCACGUACAACGUGACGGUCUACACUGGCUACGGGGUGGAGCUCCAGGUGAAGAGCGUGAACCUGUCGGAGGGGGAGCUGCUCUCCAUCCGCGGGGUGGACGGCCCCACGCUGACCGUCCUGGCCAACCAGACACUCCUGGUGGAGGGGCAGGUGAUCCGAAGCCCCACCAACACCAUCUCCGUCUACUUCCGGACCUUCCAGGACGACGGCCUCGGGACCUUCCAGCUGCACUACCAGGCCUUCAUGCUGAGCUGCAACUUCCCCCGCCGCCCCGACUACGGGGAUGUCACCGUGAUGGACCUGCACUCCGGCGGGGUGGCCCACUUCCACUGCCACCUGGGCUACGAGCUCCAGGGUGCCAAGACGCUGACAUGCAUCAAUGCCUCCAAGCCCCAUUGGAGCAGCCAGGAGCCCAUCUGCUCAGCCCCUUGUGGAGGAGCUGUGCACAAUGCCACCAUUGGCCGCGUCCUCUCCCCAAGUCACCCUGGAAACACCAAUGGUAGCCAGUUCUGUGUGUGGACAAUUGAGGCUCCAGAGGGCCAGAAGCUGCAUCUGCACUUCGAGAGGCUGUCACUGCAUGAGAAGGACAGGAUGAUGGUGUACAGCGGGCUCACCAACAAGUCCGCUCUUCUCUAUGACUCCCUCCAAAUCGAGAGUGUCCCCUUCGAGGGCCUGCUGAGCGAAGGCAACAGCAUCCGCAUCGAGUUCACGUCGGACCAACCGCAAGUGGCCUCAGCCUUCAACAUCCGGUUCGAGGCAUUUGAGAAAGGCCACUGUUACGAGCCCUACAUUCAGAAUGGGAACUUCACCACAUCCGACCCCACCUAUAACAUCGGGACCACAGUGGAGUUCACAUGCGACCCCGGCCACUCUCUGGAGCAGGGCCCGGCCGUCAUCGAGUGCAUCAACGUGCGGGACCCGUACUGGAAUGACACGGAGCCCCUGUGCAGAGCCAUGUGCGGUGGGGAGCUCUCUGCCGUGGCCGGGGUGGUGCUGUCCCCCAACUGGCCAGAGCCCUACGUGGAAGGCGAAGAUUGUAUCUGGAAGAUUCACGUAGGGGAGGAGAAACGGAUCUUCUUAGAUAUCCAGUUCCUGAACCUGAGCAACAGCGACAUCCUGACCAUCUACGACGGUGAUGAGGUCAUGCCCCAUAUCUUGGGGCAGUACCUCGGGAACAGUGGCCCCCAGAAGCUGUACUCAUCCACGCCGGACCUAACCAUCCAGUUCCACUCGGACCCUGCCGGCCUCAUCUUUGGGAAGGGCCAGGGAUUUAUCAUGAACUACAUAGAGGUGUCAAGGAAUGACUCCUGCUCAGAUCUGCCCGAGAUCCAGAACGGCUGGAAAACCACUUCUCACACGGAGCUUGUGAGGGGCGCCAGAAUCACCUACCAGUGUGACCCUGGCUACGACAUCGUGGGGAGUGACACCCUCACCUGCCAGUGGGACCUCAGCUGGAGCAGCGACCCCCCAUUUUGUGAGAAAAUUAUGUACUGCACCGACCCCGGAGAGGUGGACCACUCGACCCGCUUGAUCUCGGAUCCUGUGCUGCUGGUGGGCACCACCAUCCAGUACACCUGCAACCCCGGCUUUGUGCUCGAAGGGAGCUCCCUGCUGACCUGCUACAGCCGCGAAACCGGCACUCCCAUCUGGACGUCCCGCCUGCCCCACUGCGUUUCGGAAGAGUCCCUGGCAUGUGACAACCCAGGGUUACCUGAAAACGGGUACCAAAUUCUGUACAAGAGGCUCUACCUGCCGGGAGAGUCCCUCACCUUCAUGUGCUACGAGGGCUUCGAGCUCAUGGGCGAGGUGACCAUUCGCUGCAUCCUGGGACAGCCAUCCCACUGGAACGGACCACUGCCCGUUUGUAAAGUUAAUCAAGACAGCUUUGAACACGCUCUAGAAGCAGAAGCGGCAGCCGAGACAUCAUUGGAAGGGGGCAAUAUGGCGCUGGCCAUCUUCAUCCCGGUCCUCAUCAUCUCCCUGCUGCUGGGCGGAGCCUACAUUUAUAUCACCAGAUGUCGCUAUUACUCCAACCUGCGCCUGCCCCUGAUGUACUCGCACCCCUACAGCCAGAUCACCGUGGAAACCGAGUUUGACAACCCCAUCUAUGAGACAGGGGAGACCAGAGAGUAUGAAGUUUCCAUCUAA